AUUAUUUAUCGCUGCCGCGACCGAAAACCCGACACCGCUCUCUCUUUUCUUUAGUCCUUGCUUUCUCUUUCCCGUCGCCUAAAUUUCUCUCGCGAACGAUUCGUCAAACAGCUUUCUGUCAAUCGCUACCUGCCAUGGAUUCCUGCACGAAACCCUAGUCAAUCCCUCUUUCUUCGAUCUCCGAUCAAUCCAGCCGUUGCCGUUUGAACGAUUUAGGAAUGGACGGGGUAGUCCAAAAAGGAGAUGGUCCAGGCGCUUCCACCAGCGGUGGAGGAGAAGGAGCGACCGCACCGGUAGUGCCGAUGACGGCGCAGUCGAACGCCCCGCCGCCGUUCCUCAGCAAGACGUACGAUAUGGUGGAUGACCAGGCUACCGACUCCGUGGUGUCGUGGAGCUCCACGAACAACAGCUUCGUAGUGUGGAAUCCGCCGGAGUUCGCUCGCGACCUGCUACCUAAGUAUUUCAAGCACAACAACUUCUCCAGCUUCGUUCGGCAGCUCAAUACAUACGGCUUUCGAAAAGUAGACCCAGAUAAGUGGGAAUUUGCAAACGAGGGUUUCUUGAGAGGGCAAAAACAUCUCCUUAGGACCAUAACCCGGCGGAAACCAGCACAUGGUCACAGCCAGCCACAACCCCAGCCGUCUCACUCCCAGACCUCAUCUGUUGGUGCUUGUGUGGAGGUUGGGAAAUUUGGGCUUGAGGAAGAAGUUGAGCGCCUCAAAAGGGACAAAAAUGUACUUAUGCAGGAACUUGUCCGGUUGAGACAGCAGCAACAGGCUACCGACGGACAGUUACAGACCAUGGUGCAACGUCUUCAAGGAAUGGAGCAGCGACAACAGCAGAUGAUGUCGUUUUUGGCAAAAGCUAUGCAGAGUCCUGGGUUCUUGGCCCAGUUCGUACAGCAGCAAAAUGAGAAUAAUCGGCGUAUAUCAGAGACCAACAAAAAACGGAGGCUCAAGCAAGAUGGGGCGACAGAGAAUAAUGAGCCUUCGACUGUUCCUGAUGGCCAGAUUGUUAGGUAUCAGCCAUUGAUGAAUGAGGCGGCGAAAGCUAUGAUCAGGCAGAUCAUGGAAGUGGAUUCGUCUUCGAGGUCAGUAUCAUAUAGUGCAAUUGGUGCAUUGGACAAUGGAAACUCUCCAGCCCGUAUAUCAAGUGUAACUCUCCAAGAGGUUUCACCAGCCUCUGGACUCUCAGGGCAUACUGCAGUUGCCAUGGUGCCUGACAUACAAUCAUCUCCUCCGAUUACGACUUGUGAAAAUGCUACUGCCGCAUCUCAGUUCCCAGAGGCAGCUUCUAUUCCCAUGAUGCCGGAGCUUUCUCAAAUCCCCGAAAUGGUUCCCCAAUGUACAAGUGAUAUUCUGGGGGACGAUUACAUGGAACCUGAUACAGGAAACAGUUGCUUUAUACCAUCAUCGGGAGAUAUGCCGACAUUCGAUCUGAGUAACAUACAUCUUUAUCCCGACGACAAUCUUGAUGCGUUGCUGGCUUGGGAUGACUUGAUCAUGCAAAGCCAGGUUCCUGAUGAUAUCGAGUCGAGUUCAAUGGAUGCCAAUACCGAACAUAUGGAUCAGUUGACUGAGCAAAUGGAGCUUCUCUUGCCCGAGGCCAAGAAGCUGCUUUAGUAAGUUUUUUACCACUGGUCCAUCAUGGCUUUCCCCUAAUCCUCAAAGGUAAAAUAGUUUACAACUCGCUUGCUCCGAGGGUACAGCCAUUAGAGACCUCUUGUACUGUUUUUACCCCUUGUGGCUAGUCAAUUCUGUACAUAUAGAAGAAAGAUGGAAAAGUUUCAGCCUUACUCGUAUAUUUUUACUAAUUUGCCUCUCUUACCCUAAUCAUUUUCAGUACGCCAGAAUCUCGGCACGAAAAUAGAACCCCCUAAGUAGGUCUUGAAUUCUUGCUCUCUUUUGUUCCUUUCAGACUUUCAUUGAGUUUGCAAGUUUUUGAGUCAGAAUUAGCUCUCUGCUAUCGUCCGUGUAAGUUUGCUGGAAAUUAUUUCUUUGUAAAGUGGAGUUGGACCUGAAUGUGAAUUCAUCUCUUAUUAGGAGAAUAGGCGUGAUUUGGAUCGGUUUGGGUCUUUGUUAGUUUGGUUUUCGGAAUAGGGUUACUAAGCAUUGGUUUGUUUUCAAAGGAGAAAUAGGGCUCGAAAUUCAUACCUCUUGGUUCAAACAAGCAAAAACCAAAGUGCUUACGGGCUAUUAGGAAAUGAGUUAUGUUUAUGUCUGCUUUUUCGUGUUUUUAGUCCAUUUGUUAAAAGUUUGGUUUGAGUUGGUUAUUAGUGCGAUGUGUGAUCAAUCCAUGUUUGGA